AUGGCGGAUUCCAAGAGGAAGACAUUUAAAACCGCUGUUGCGGCAGAGAGAGUUAGAACACGUGACAUGACGUCACGUCACCCCACCCGCAAGAGGAAAUUCGAUAUAAAUGAGGGGGAACCAGUUAAAUCCCCUCCAGCGGGUGGAAAAUCGACUGCCGGUGGCCCAACAGCCACCGGAACCAAAUUGGCAGGCUCGAAUACCGUUUCUCCAAUACCAGGGCCCAGUAAUACGGUGACCCUGCAGCCUGCCAAUGCAGCACCAUACAGGUGUCAAAUAUGCGAGAGGCCCUAUGAGACAAAAAGUGGCCUCAACAAACAUCUCCUAACAUGUGGCAAGCGCGAUCGAACUAAAUGCCAAUAUUGCAAAGCAGGUUUUACUACAUACACAGGGGUGCGGCUUCACGAGCAGAGGGCACACCCCGAAGCAGAAAACGACAGCAGGAGGAGGGAACUACGAAGGCCUGAUUCCGAAAUCUAUGAUAUACUGGCAAACAUCGAGAUCCAGUCACAUAAAGGCCCCUUUAUGGCGAAAAUGGUUGCCGAAUCAGGUCUGACGAAGGACCAAAUACGGCAUCGAAGAGAUAAACCCAUCUAUAAGCAAUACCUCGAUGCCGCUAGGAAGAAACAGCAACCAAUCCCUUCUCCCAGUGUGCCCUGUGAGCCGCCCACCUGCCCAACGAACGAGAAGAUCGACCAUCAGGCAGCGACAUCGACGCCACCAACAGCUCGCGACGAUGUAAAAGAGGGUGAGUGCUCCUCCGCGGUUGCGUCCGCACUAUCGCCAAUCACUCCAGAUCCGAUGACAAGCAGGAAGAGGAUUCGGAAUGAAUCGAUGUCGCCUCUGUCGCAGCCUACAGUAAGGAGACCCCCGCACCGAUGCAGUCAACCUCACCGCCAACUCCCCGCACAGGUCGAACAAACCCAGGUGGUCAUUGAACCAGCGCUGCGCGAAUACCUCGCGUCUGAACGCGAAGCAGCGCUGGCCAAUGGGAACGGCCAUCUGGCGGACCUGUGCCAGGCAGGAUCAUCGCUUGCGGUUAAUGAUCUUGCCUCCUAUCUAGACAAUUGGAUAAUAGAACAUUUCCAAAAAGGGGGAAGGAAAUACAACCCAAAUGGUCACAGAGGUGGACCAAAAUCAAAUUACGGAGGUACUAGACCAGGAAGAGGUCCACGGGUAGAAUCAUACAAAAAGGCCCAGGAUCUCUACCUCCGUAACAGAUCAGCUCUAGUGGAUAAAAUCAUUUCAGGAACUCCACUAGACUCUACUGAAGAGGUACCACCUCUAAAAGCGGUUGAGGAGCUGUAUAGCGGGAUCUUCGAGCGGGCUGCGACGGAGACGAUGACGGUUCAUCCGAACCACGAAACACCGAUGCCACCACUUUCGCUCCAUUCGAAGAAAGCGAACUAG